AUGUAUUGGAUACGACGUCCAGUAUCACCAACAUUACAAAUAAGUUUAAGUUUAGCGGCUGCUGAUGGUGUUGCAUCGUUUUUAUUGGGUUUUGGUUUAUUCUUAAAUAGUUUAUUACCACAAAUCAUAGAUAUUCAAGGAUUGGAUUGUUAUCAAUUAACACUGGAAACAUUUCGUGUCUCGUCAGUAAUAUGUUCCGUGCUACAUUUAUUAGCAUUAACUGGUAACCAUUAUUUGGGUAUAUUAAAGCCCUUACAAUAUUCAUCGUUAAUGACUGGACGCAAUACAAAAAUUAUGUUGUUGUUUUUAUGGCUGGUACCAAAUACAUUUUACUUCGUAUAUUUUACAAAGGAAGGAUUUUUAUAUGAUUGUGAAUCAGAGUAUGCAUCGGAUGAUUGGCAAACUCACGUACAAGAAUUAACCACAGAACAUCAUUUUUUUUGGGGUGUAGGGACAGGUGCAUAUCAAAUUGAAGGCGGAUGGAGUCAAGAUGGAAAAGGGGAAAGCAUCUGGGACGUUUAUACCCAUAAAUUUCCACAUCGAAUUAUAGAUCAAAGUAACGGUGACAUAGCAUGUGACUCAUACAAUAAUUUAGAGCGUGAUCUAAAAAUGGUCAGCACAUUAAAUGUUGAUUAUUAUCGAAUUUCAAUAUCGUGGUCACGAAUUUUGCCUGAUGGUGGUUUAAGUGAUCAAUUAAAUGAGAAAGGAUUAAAUUAUUAUCAUCGAUUGUUUGAUGGACUGUUGGCAAAAAAUAUCACACCAAUGGUUACAAUCUAUCAUUGGGGAUUACCAAAAACACUCAGUAUAUUAGGUGGAUGGCAAAACGAAUUAAUUAUUCUAUAUUUUGAGAAAUAUGCUAGAAUCUUAUUUGAAAAUUUUGGCGAGAAAGUAAAAAUGUGGGUAACCGUUAAUGAACCGUAUAAUAUAUGUGAACAGGGUUACGGAGAAGUUAUAUAUGCUCCAGAGGAAUAUGUUCCGGGAGUUAGUAAUUAUUUAUGCAUGCAUAAUUUAUUGAAAGCACAUGCACGUGUUUAUCAUUUGUAUCAGAAUAAAUUUAAGGCUCAACAAAAUGGUUUAGUGGGCUAUGCUACCAGUUUUGUGUACACUUUGCCAUAUUCUCAAGACCAAGAUGAUAUUGAUUCGGCAAAUCGAGGAAAUGCAUUUCUUGGAUGGUAUGUAGAUCCAAUUUUCGGACCAAAUGGAGAUUAUAGCAAAACUGUUAAGGAAAAUAUCGCGAUGAUUUCAAAAUUACAAGGUUUAAAAAAAUCUCGAUUACCCCAAUUUACGAAAGAAGAAAUAGAAUAUAUUAAAGGAAGCGCAGAUUUUUUGGGUAUAAAUUAUUACACAGCUAAUUUGGCACGUACAAAAAAAAAUCCAGCCUUAACCAAUCCAACGUUUGAAGAUGACAUGCGCAUUAUGUUUCAUAAAGAUCCAAAUUGGGAACGAACAGAAGCUGAUUGGCAAAGGAUAGCUCCCGAAGGAUUAAAAGCCGGUUUACAUUAUAUUCAAAACUAUUAUAACAAUCCACUAACAAUUCUAACUGAAAUUGGAUGUGUAGGAGCUAAAGAUGCCGAUGACGAGCAAGUUAUUAAAUAUUAUAAAGAUCAUAUUAAAAUAGUGCAUGAACAUGUCACGAAGGAGGGCGGUAAUGUUCGCGGAUUUUUAGCAUGGAGUUUAAUGGAUAGUUUUGAAUGGAAUUUCGGUUAUUCAAUUUUCUUUGGAUUGUAUCGAACUAAUUUCUCAGAUCCCAAACGAUCAACAAGUAUUAAAAAAUCUGGGGAAUUUUUUCGGCAAUUAAAUGAUUUAUCUAAGGAGGCUCGCCAACGAAAAAGUAUAAAAUUAUUGGAACCAUCAGAACUUAUACAAAAUGAUAUAUCUUCAAGUCGAAGUUUCAAAGAGUAUGUUGCAUAUGUAAAAGUAUGA